AUGACAACGGAGGGCAGAAACAUGAACGGUGCAACUGAGACAGCCGUUGAAGACGAGCACUUGGCAUGCACCGCGCUUCCGCCAGCUCCCAAGCACAAGCAUCGGAGCCUCUCUGCUGGUCUUCUACAGCGAUUCAACUUCCUGUCUCGUCCGGCGCCUGUCGAACUGUCGACAUCAGCUCCUGCUGCAGCGCGUAAACGCAAGGGUUCGCUGAGGAAAACGGCCUUGCUGGGUCCUGGUCGCGUCAAGCAAGACCCUCCUGCCACCGAAAUAUUCAGAGUUGCCCAAGACGCUCAGUCCGACGAUGCCAUCCGAUCCAUUGACGACGCUCUGCACGAUGCUCUGGCUGCCGAAGACUUGCACCAACCUCGCCGAUUGUCUCUCGUCUCGGAACACUCGCCCAACUCGUCACCGCCCUCGAUCCCUCCUCCGCCUGUGCAUCCAGACUUGGGCUCGCCCAUAAUCAGUCCUACGAGUCAGAGUUAUGCCUCGACCACCGACGAUGACGACCUUAGCAUGGCCGCUACCGUGACACGUCCAGCUUCAUACUUUGACCCCCGUCCCGUCCUUGACGUUGUCCGCCGUCGCUCAUCCCAGAAACAUGCGCCGUCUCCGCUGUCCGCCGUACCAGUGCUAGCACACAAGGCAGAUGAUGCCUACGAUUAUGCCGAGACAGAACGCUGGGGAUGGGUUGUACUGGUCGUCACUUGGGUUGUCUUUGCCGUGGGUAUGGGAAGCUGUCUCGGUGUUUGGAGCUGGGCUUGGGACGUUGGACAAACUCCCUAUGCGCCGCCUGAACUCGAAGACGAUCCGACGUUGCCCAUCGUUGGCUACUACCCCGCCUUGAUCAUCUUGACUUCAGUCAUGGCUUGGGUUUGGGUUGUUGUAGCGUGGGUCGGCAUGAAAUAUUUCAAGCAUGCAAAGAUACAAGGCGAUGACUGA